AUGACGGUAGAGAGUGUGACUGAUGUAGAAAUGGUUCAGGAAUCCCGUCCCCGUGUAUUCGGUCUCGGGCCAGGAAUCCCCCUCGCCACAGAAGUCGCAUCGUUGUCUGGCGGGCACGUUGUCAAUAGGCCCAUCAGCUCCCAGGCUGUUUGCGAUGGCGUCGAUGGCCCGCAACCGGCUCGCCAGGGCUCCUUGACAGUCCGUAGAGGACAUUGCAUGUGCCAUAGAGGUAGUUUGCGCCCCAGCGGCCGUAUCAAGCCCCGGUGGCUUCCUGCAUAUGUUCCAGGUCAAAGAGCAACUAUAUAUAGGCUUAUAGAGACUUGGAUUCAGGGGCAAAAUAAGGGUGAUUCCAGGAGCAAAUCCCAAUAUUGCCAGGAGCACUAUACUGGUGGUGAGCAGAAGGAAUUUCUGACCAAUCAGAUCUCUCAUAUGGUUGACAGUAUUUUUGUAGAGCUAGAACUCCGGGUGAUAGAGGAACAAAGCUGGUGGCAAAGCAGGCUGACAGCUGACAGCCGGUCAUGUGUUGUAUGCGACUUCGUUUUGGGCAGCAAACAGAUCAAAAAAAAAACCACUUCUUUAAUAGCGUUAUGUGCGAGACCAUAUUACCAAAUCCGGUAUUUGGGACGAGACUUUAUGGCAUCCCUCUUUUUCGAGUCUUCACACGAACUGCGCGAUCGAGCCUUAGUGAUUCGGAGAAAUCUCUAUGAACCCACGAUCAGAGCUCAGCAAUUUCUGCACGGGGUUAUUUUCUGUGGCCAACCACAGAGGGAAAACAUGGAGCUGCGGAAAUCUACAGGGAACACGUUGCAAGCAUCCAAGCCCUCUUGGGUUAGACAGCCUCUGCCGAACAUUUCUUUCCGGUAUAGACCUAUCCAAAUCGACGCCACAGUCGAGGACACAGAAUACUGGAAAAAGCUAAAUGUGAUCACGAAAGAGGACAUGUUCUCAGCCUCGCUUGCGUUUCCUCGCGGUUCUACAUUUAUAUACGAUGACAGGGAAAAGCUGCUGAUUAUGGCCCUGUUGGAGCACUUGUGA